AACAUUUUGUUGGUUCAAUUAUUAUCAGAAUUGCAGUCUUCCAACUUACAGGGUGUUCUAGCUCUAAGGAUGCACCUGACAAACCCAGAAGGAAGAAACCAGUCAGCCCCUGAGGCAUUUAUUCUCCUGGACUUCAACACUGAGGAUCCACAGAUUUUACUUUUUAUCCUUUUUUUAGCGGUUUAUCUUGUAACAAUGGCAGGCAACAUCCUCAUCAUUAUUUUAGUCGCCUUUGACCCACACCUUCACACACCCAUGUACUUCUUCUUGGGGAACCUUUCCUGUUUGGAGACCUGCUACAGUUCAACUAUCCUGCCCAGGAUGCUGUUUGCUUUUCUGAGUGAGGAAAGAACCAUAUCUGUUGGCGCAUGCCUGGCCCAAUUGUAUUUGUUUGGAUUUUUUGCAGCCACUGAAUGUUACUUCCUAGCAGUCAUGUCUUAUGAUCGCUAUUUAGCCAUUUGCAAGCCAUUGCAUUAUGUGUUGCUCAUGAAUGGCAGAACGUGCAUUCUGCUGAUUGCUGUGUCCUGGAUAGGUGGAUCUCUGGGUAUCAGCAUCCUAAUAUUCUUGGUGUCUCGGUUGACUUUUUGUGGGCCCAAUAAAAUCAACCAUUUCUUCUGCGAUUUCACCCCAGUGGUAAUGCUCUCUUGCACUGAUACUCAUUUGGUUGAAAUGACAUCCUUCAUCAUCUCCUCUAUUGGUACUCUGCCUCCCCUUCUGAUCACCCUCGCCUCUUAUGUGUGCAUCAUCAAUAGCAUUUUACAAAUCCCAUGCGCUACAGGGAAACAAAAAGCCUUCUCCACUUGCUCCUCACACCUCACAGUGGUGUCUUGCUUCUAUGGCUCUCUGAUGAUUGUCUACGUCUUACCGGAUAGCAGUUCAUUGAGUGAGAUGAAGAAAUUGUUCUCUCUCUUCUACACUCUUCUCACCCCUCUGCUGAAUCCGCUCAUAUACAGUUUGAGGAAUAAAGAGGUAAAGGAAGCAGUGAGGAAUAGCUUCAGAAAGUUUCACAGACUCAAAAUCCAAAAGACAAGGAGCUUUGAAACUGACUGUUUUAAGACGGUUGAUUAUGAAUACGCUUGCUUGAAAUAUAUCGUUUUAAUGUGUCAUGGGAGCAGGACCCUUUAA